CGGCUCGGCCCGGCCGCCGCCUGCGCCUUUAAGGUGCUCGGGAGGGCCUGCGCCUUUAAGAGGCGCCGUUGUCGGCUCGGCCCGGCCGCCGCCUGCGCCUUUAAGAGGCGGCCUGCUCGGCGCGGCCCGGCCGCCCCAUCGCGAUGAGGAUCAGCGUUAAACUUCUGCACGGAGUCGAGUGCGGCCUUGAGGUUCCUGAAGACGAAGCGGUUUCUGCCUUGAAGGUGCUGAUCGAGCAGGAACUGAAGAUACCCAGGAUCCAGCAGCGGCUACUGUACAAGGGCAAGGCACUGUCAGACGAACACCGGCUGACGGAUUACGGUGUGCACACAGGUGCCAAGCUGAACCUUGGUGAGUGAAGCCGGCCGACCGGCCCUCGCCCGAGGGGACUGCCCAAACCGGGCGCCCCCCAGGCCUGGCAGCAGGUGGCCCGUGUCCUGGAGAGGCACUUCACCCCGGCUGAUGCCGAGAAGGUCCCUGAGCAGCUACAGAAGGAUUACGAGAGGAAACUGCGCCUGUUGAGCCUGGAUGAUGUGGAGCGGAUCUCCACGCGCCUCCUCCAUCCUGACACUGCUGAGACAAUGGACCUUUCCUUCAUGGAGUGAGGGAGCCUCCUCCCCCGCACCCCCCUCCUCACCAGCCCAUCGCCACACCCCGGGUCACUCCACUCUCCUCCUGGCCUGGGAAACAGCCCACCCCCACCUCACUGCAGAAUGUCUUGCUUUGAACUGCUCACAACUGCUGGGAUGAAAACGUAGUGACUGUGAAAAUUAAAGGAAUAAUUCCAA